AUGGGAUGGCAUGGAGUGGCAAAUGGAGGCACAGAAUUCGAAGCAACGAUCACUCCGCUCGUGGUAAUUUCUUGCUUAAUGGCCGCUUCCGGUGGCCUCAUGUUUGGCUACGAUGUUGGUAUAUCAGGGGGUGUUACAUCGAUGCCCGAUUUUCUGAAGAAAUUCUUCCCGACGGUCUAUAGAAAUCAGCAAGUUCCAGGACUUACCGGCAAUUACUGCAAAUACGAUAAUCAAGGCCUACAGUUGUUCACAUCUUCAUUAUACCUUGCUGCUAUAAUAGCAACCUUGUUUGCGUCAUACAUAACCAAAAGACUCGGCAGAAAGAUGUCUAUGUUGAUUGCUGGGAUUCUCUUUUUGGCUGGAACAAUUUUGAAUGCUGCAGCUGUUAACCUUGCAAUGCUCAUUAUUGGGAGGCUUUUACUUGGUUGUGGAGUUGGUUUUGCUAACCAGGCAAUUCCAUUAUUUCUUUCUGAGAUUGCACCCACAAGAAUUCGUGGGGCAUUGAACAUACUCUUCCAGCUCUUUAUCACCAUUGGCAUUCUCGGUGCAAACUUGAUCAAUUAUGGAACAGCCAAACUUGCAAACGGGUAUGGAUGGAGAAUAUCAUUGGGUUUGGCUGGGGUACCCGCACUUCUGCUCACUGUUGGGUCUCUUAUUGUGACAGACACUCCUAACAGUUUAAUCGCACGAGGUAAGUUGGAGGAGGGAAAAGCAAUUCUGAAAAGGAUUCGUGGUGUUGAUAAUGUCGAUCAAGAAUACAAUGAAAUUGUUGAUGCAAGUCGUGCUGCUACCGAAGUGAAAAAUCCCUUCAAAAAUCUCCUUAAGCGUAGGAACAGACCUACUCUGGUCAUUGGAAUUAUGAUGCAGAUCUUCCAACAAUUCACUGGCAUCAACGCUAUCAUGUUCUACGCUCCAGUUUUGUUCCAGACUUUGGGAUUCAAGAGUAAUGCUUCCCUUGUAUCAGCUGCUAUAACCGGAUCCGUUAAUGUCGUUUCAACCAUUGUAUCAGUCAUCUUAGUAGACAUAGCCGGUCGCCGAAAACUCCUGAUACAAGCUGGUUUCCAAAUGUUCCUUUCUCAAAUGGUAGUUGCAGUCCUGAUGGGACUUAAAGUUAAAGAUCAUUCUAACAACCUCGGGCAUGAUUUGGGAAUUCUAGUGGUGGUUCUCGUGUGCAGCUUUGUGGCAUCCUUUGCAUGGUCUUGGGGACCUCUUGGCUGGUUGAUCCCUAGUGAAACAUUCGCCGCUGAGACUCGAUCUGCUGGUCAGAGUAUGGUUGUUAGUACCAACAUGUUGUUCACAUUCGUCAUAGCACAAGCAUUCCUCUCGAUGCUAUGUCACAUGAAGUUUGGGAUAUUCUAUUUCUUCUCGGCUUGGGUCCUUGUCAUGACACUCUUUACGUAUUUUUUCAUUCCUGAGACUAAGAAUAUCCCCAUUGAUGAGAUAAAUGAGAGAGUGUGGAAGCAACACUGGUACUGGAAGAGAUAUAUGGAGGACUUACAGGAUGUACCAAAGGCCGAGGAUCAAGUUGAUGGAUCGUGA